UUUUUAAAAAUGAAGCAACCUACUUGCAAACUGUAUGCAGACUAUUUCAUGUGAAAUUCACAAGCAAUAAUUAUUGUGCUAGUAUCAGUAGUGGACCAAAGAAAGCGAGGCCGUUGCAAGCCUUUAAAAUUGGUGGGUCAGAUAGACUCAAGAAAUUGUAACAGCAGCCGCGCAGGAGGAGGGGUGCAAUUACAUUUUUUUGUCAUGGGGCCCAAGAUUCCUGGCGGCGCCCCUGUCAUUAUCACAGAGACCAGUUACUGUCCCAGACGCUGCUCUCUCGGAGCCAGAAAUCUGCUACGUUCUGGAUGGGAUUCUCUUCCUGUACGGCGUCAUCCUGACCGCGCUCUACUGCAGGAUCAAGAUCUACAACGCCAGAGAGGCCAGCGAUGGGAAAGGAAAGUCAAAGCAGAUUGUGGAAGAGGGCAUCUACACGGGUUUGACUCCUCACAAGCAGGACACAUAUGAAACCAUCGGCAUGAAGAAGUGAUCUCAACUGGCCGCAGCGUACCGUCUUGGGGUUUUUUUUGUAUUUUUUUGUAUUUAAACAGAACAUGUCACUCUCUGCUUUUUUAGACCAGCGGUCGUUUCCCCAUUUUGCUUUUGUUGAAUUGAGCAGAAGUUGAGGAGGAAGAGACAGAAAAGAAGAAGUGAAGCAGUUCUCUGUAUGAGAUACUCUUCCUGUCCUCUAGCACAUAUUUAACAUUUUAUUUUGACUGCUCUUAUCCUGAAGAUGCAUUUAAACGCUUAAGCGUGAAAACAAAACAAAAAAACAAUAGGAUUGCAAUGAGAGGUUUUAUAUUUAGCAAAGAUUUCAGGAGGAAAACACGCUGGUGGAAAUUUCGUCCUUUACUCUUUUUGUAAAUUUGACAAAUUGCAUACGCUUUCCUUGUACUUGUACUAUUAUUGUUUCAUUUUUGCACGCCAUAAUUUUGGGGUAAGAGAACUAUAAGAGGGGGAGAACAUAUGUAUGACGUGUAAUCUUACUGAGCAGUACUUCCAUUACACCACAGGGUGGCAGUGAUGGGAUCUCCUUCACCUUUCUGAAGCUGAUAAUUGUAUGCAGGAGACUUGUUUUGCACGCACAUUCAUAUUAAAGAACUUCUCUUCUAGGAA